AUGAGCUAUCCCGAAUUAAGUGACAAAUUUGAGCUUGUCUCUUCGCAUCUGCGCAAGGGCUUGCAGGUCAGUGCAAAUCUGUGUUCAUUUUAUAAAAACUUCAAGAAAGCUCUAGACACGUUUUCUCAACAAACGCUUAAGUCUAUUGAUGCUUUUUCAGCAGAGCUCCCUAAAGAUAUUAACUCAGCCACAUUAUCUAGACUUUUAACUUCAACAACUAUUCAUUUCAGAAAAUUUGCAGCCCAACAAGCUAUGUAUUCUAGACAUCUGCAGCAAGAAAUAAUUGAUCCUCUUGAAUUAUUCAUCAGUCAAAUCAACAAUUCCAAUACAAAUUUAGUCAAUAAAGUGACCCCUACACAUAAGCAGCUGCAAAAAGCGAUACAGAAGAUGGAAAAGCACAAAGAAAAACAUAUCAAAUGCAGCUCAGAAGCAGAAAAGAUAGAAAAACAAUACAAUUAUAAUGACACAAGCGAAAAGCAGCAAAAGAUGUACAAGCAAGUCUUGCAGUAUAAGAACUCAGCAUUUAAAGCUUCAGAAGCAUAUGAUAAAUCUGUAUUUGACGCAAACCAGUGCUGAAAUGACUAUGAUUCAAUUAUUCCAGGGAUAAUGGCCGAUUUCCAACAGAACGAAGAAAGUAGAAUCCAUUUCAUCAAAUACUCAAUAGAGAAAUACGCGAAUUACUACAUAGCCUACCAAAAAAACAUCAAUGAAAUUUUUGAAGAACUAAAUGUCGCGCUGGGGACUGUUAAUAGUGAAAUUGAUAUCAAAGAGUUCGUUGACAAUCAUAAAUCGUCAUCCCCUAUAAAAAGAGAAGAGUUCGUGAGCUAUGAAAAAUGAAAAAGACUGCAAAAGAAAGGAAAUCAGCCAGUUUUUAAUGAAGAAGACUACGAAAUUUUAGGCGAUGCUGGCAUUCAAAAUGGAAAAGACCCUGAUCUUGAGCUUGUAAAAGCUGUGCUUGGGUAUUUAAUUCCUUUUAAACUAGACCCAGUCAGAGACAGCAUUUUUAUAAACUCCCCAGAAGAAGACAAAAGUUCUGAAGAAGUCUUAGACUCCCGAUUUUAUGCAAAACUAUCAGAGCUUCUCCAUACAGCUGAGGGCCGAGAGCUAUUCUGUGAUGUUUUAGAGCACAAAAACAGCAACCGUUGCCUUGAGUACUCAAAAAUUACCCAGCUUGCUUCAUUAAUAAAAGGCAUGCUAACUGCUAUGAUGAUAGACGGGGACACAGACUCUUCGAUUUUCUGCAAAGUUAUUUUUGUCAGUGAUAAAUUUUAUACAGAAAAUGAAGCAAACAAAAAACAGUAUUUAGCAAGCUUUAUCAGUUCUCAUUGUAUAUGGUCUGAUGCCAAAAGAUGAAACCAAGCCAUUCUGAGCGCUAUUGAGACACAGCUGGAGAACGAAAGUGAGUCACCGCUAUCUCCGAAUAAAAGAAGGAAAAUAAGAAAUGGGCUUGUUACCGCUAUUAAAAGUUGGACACAUAAGAUACCGUUGAUUUUUCAGAAAAGAUUGGCAGAUGAAAGAGCUGAAAAGGCUGCGGCAUAUCUGAUGAUUAGUCAGUUUAAUUAUCAUAUGAUAAAACUAGGGAUACCAGUGGAGACUGCAAAUUCAAUUGUGCUUGCAGCUUGUCAAAGCGUAAAUUUGGACCCUGAAAGGACCUGCUUGCUACUAGCUGAAGUCCUUAAUACGAAACGACUUCUUGUACAUUUAGAAUCUCCAGUUGAAGUAUCUUUAAAAGCUAGAGAAAAAGAGCGUGAACGAUUUGGGGCAUUACUGCCCUAUGGUUUAGCAAUAGACUUUCUUCAGCCAAAUGAAUGCUUUAGCUUGGUUUUAGUCUGCAAGCAAUGGAAAAAUAUUUUUUACCAUCAAAUUAUCAAAAAAUGGCUUACAGAAUGGAAUUUAUCUGCAGAAAAAAAGCAUUAUUUAAGAUCACAAGCAUGGGUAACGCUUUUAAAAGCAAAUAUCAGGCGUAUUGAAUAUUCAACUUAUUUAAAUAAAAUAUCAGAAUUAGGUGAUAUUGAAGAAGUCAUUGAUUUAGAUGUAAUCAGAUCAUACCAAGGGCAUCAGAUUAUCACUGGCCAAAUAUUGAAAAAUAUUCUUAAGUCUAUAGCUGUUUAUAACCCUGAAAUAGGAUACUGUCAAGGCAUGAAUUAUGUGGCUGGAACUUUAUAUGUGCAGCUGCAGGACGAAGAAUUAGUGUUUAAAUGCUUAAUUGGGAUGAUUGAAAAGUUCCAAAUGCAGCCACUUUAUGUGCAGUCUUUACCUAAGCUUAAGCAAUUUUUUUACCAAUUAGACAGGCUUAUAGGAAUUUUAUUGCCUGAUAUUCAUUCAUUGUUUAGAGAAAUUGGAUUAUGUUCUGGGCAUUUUACUGCUUCUUGGUUUAUAACUGUAUUUUCAAGUAUUCUUCAGGAUAAGCCAGAGCUGCUGCUGUCGAUAUGGGAUUUAUUCUUCUUAGAAGGCUGAAAAAUUGCUUUUAAGGUCUGCAUAGCUAUUUUGUCAAGGGCGUCAAGAGAAAUUCAAGGGAAAAGGUUUGAAGACGUGAUGUCACUGUUGACUAAUAUAAAUACUCCAAAUUGUCCAAUUGAUGUAUUUGAUGAGAGGUUUUUGGAGAAAGUGCAUAAGAUUGAUAUAUCGAAUGCACUUUUAAGAGACUUGGAAAGCGAAUAUGAGCAUUUGAAGAUUAGAGCUUAUAAUAAGCAUGCAAAAUAUUAA